AUCAGCGGCGUGCUCUGCCAGCCAGGAGGACGCAUAAAAGAAGAACAUUGCAGCAGAGGCACAGAAGGAGACUGCGAGAGGAGCAGGGAAUUACACACAAACACAGCAGAACCAGAACACCCUCCCCUGGACACACCCUGCUGAGGAUCACUGCUUCUCUUUUUUUUCUAAAACCAUCGCCCACGCCACUCGGAGAGAACGCUCUCCCUCACCAUCAUCCAGUAGAAAACCCCUUUCUCCUCAUUUUCAUCCUAUAGAGGACACCUACAAUCUCAGAGGGCUGAGAAUCCCUGGCGAACACUGUAUUUUUUUCCUUUUUUUCUUUUUUUUUCUUUUCAUUUGGACUCGUGACAGAACACAAGGGCCAUACAAUUUAAAGGCUGAAGAUCAUAGCUAGAGACUCAGCCUCCAGCUUCCAGACCAGCGCAAAGAAGGACCUAGAUUUCUUUCAUUGUACGUCAAGAAUGGUUACUCAGAUAAUCAGCACCAUGGAAACCCAGGUGUCCAACGGUCCGAGCGGAACCAGUCUGCCCAACGGUCCAGUCAUUAGCUCCAACGGCGCCACAGACGACAGCAAAACCAACCUGAUCGUCAACUAUCUGCCUCAGAACAUGACCCAGGAGGAGUUUAAAAGUUUGUUUGGUAGCAUCGGAGAGAUCGAGUCCUGCAAGCUUGUCAGAGACAAGAUAACAGGUCAGAGUUUGGGAUAUGGCUUUGUAAACUAUGUGGAUCCAAAUGACGCAGAUAAGGCCAUCAACACACUCAACGGUCUAAAACUGCAGACUAAAACAAUCAAGGUAUCGUAUGCCCGGCCGAGCUCGGCCUCUAUCCGCGAUGCCAACCUUUACGUGAGUGGACUCCCAAAAACCAUGAGCCAGAAGGACAUGGAGCAGCUGUUCUCCCAAUACGGUCGCAUCAUCACGUCCCGCAUCUUAGUGGACCAAGUCACAGGCAUAUCCCGAGGAGUGGGCUUCAUCCGGUUUGACAAGCGAAACGAGGCCGAGGAGGCCAUCAAAGGUCUGAACGGGCAGAAGCCGCUGGGCGCCGCCGAGCCCAUCACUGUCAAGUUCGCCAACAACCCCAGCCAGAAGACGGGCCAGGCCCUGCUGACUCAGCUGUACCAGACGGCCGCCCGCCGCUACACGGGGCCCCUGCACCACCAGACUCAGCGUUUCAGCAUGAUCCCUUCACUUGGAAAGGGACCAGAUCCAAAUAACAGCUCAAAACCAAUACUCGACAAUUUACUAAACGCCAGCUACGGAGUCAAGAGCUCUCCUACUCUCUUCCCCAGAUUCUCCCCCAUCACCAUCGACAGCAUGACCAGCCUGGCCGGGGUCAACCUCACCGGGCCGACCGGAGCCGGCUGGUGCAUCUUCGUGUACAACCUGUCCCCCGAGGCGGACGAGAGCGUCCUGUGGCAGCUCUUCGGGCCCUUCGGCGCCGUCACCAACGUCAAGGUCAUCCGCGACUUCACCACCAACAAAUGUAAGGGCUUCGGCUUCGUCACCAUGACCAACUACGACGAGGCCGCCAUGGCGAUCGCGAGCCUCAACGGCUACCGCCUGGGCGACCGCGUGCUGCAGGUUUCCUUCAAGACCAGCAAGCAGCACAAGGCCUGAGCGAGCGAGCGUGAGCGAGAGAGAGAGAGAGAGAGAGAGAGAGCGAAAGAGAGAGAGAGAGAGAGAGGCGGCUGGCGGCAGCUUCUUCCACCUGCGGGGAGCCGAACCCGAGCUCCCUGCGCCAUCACUCUCUACGGGCCUGGACUGAGUCUCUCUGUGACACCUUCACACACAUCAGAUCUAUAGUAUAACACCACGAACAUGCAGAUACACGCAGACACGCACAGACAUGAGCAAACAUUCCCAUACGCGCGAGCCCACACGAGUCAGAGUAUCAAACGAACACACUAGAGGAGUUUUUUUUCUUUUUUUUCUUUACACAACAUGCUAGUCCUUCCCUGUAUUUGCCUGGAUUGAAUUAGAAGGGGGUACGUAGCUGGUUUGUUGGGUUAGGGGCAAGAGCUAUCUAUUUAGGAGACAGUCUAACGAAUGUGACAGAGAAUGUGUACUGACUGCUUUGAUUGAAUUCAGGCAAAUAAUGACAACUGUUGAACAAAACGAUCAAAAAAAAAGAAAUUUAAUGAACGAAUAUGUGCAAUUUACCCAAACUCUUACCCCGCCAUCUCUCCUAUUAUCCUGCUGGAGAGGAUGUAGUCACUUUUUUUACACUUGGGCAUUUUGAAUCAGCGAUUUUUUUAGAUCAAAGAAAAUGAAAUUAAAAAAACAGUGUUCUCUUAUAUACGUCUAUUAAAAUAUAACUAUAUAUUCAAUAUUUAAGGUGGUUAUAAUAGCCGAGUAUGUAAGCAUUUUCUAGAAACUUUGACUACUGUUUCCUGACCUGAAUUAGGUGGUGCCUAGCGUGAAGGCAGUUCCUCUACCCUGCGUGAGCUUGUUAGCACAGACCCAAUAAGAUUUAGGUGAACCGACGAAUACCGGUCACAGAAAAGAGAAGCCAUCAGAAUCCCCUCACACCGACCCGACGUCACGAGCACGCGGCUCCAUAACGAGAAGAUAUAUUUAGUCCACAAAAAACAUUUAAAAACAUUUCCUUUAUUUCCUCGCGUCCAUCCUCGGGACGGGUUCAAGCAGAGCGUCUGUGAACUCGGAGCGGAGCGGCGGUGCUCCCGUAGCGACGGCGCUCAUUAGCAAAUCUCUGGUGGGCCAGAUGGGGGAAACCGUCUCACCAUAACACGGAAAAAGGAAAAUACCGGUGUUUUUAUACACUUUUCUUGCAUCAUCAUUUUUCACUGCACCUGUUUUGUAUUAGUGAUACUCACAGGCCAUUCGUCCUUGGCUUGGUCGGCCACCAUCCGGCGUGAAAUCCCUUUAACUGAAAGGUGUGAAGAGGUCAAGAGAGGAAAAAGCAAACAACACAUCCAAAAGUUCAUCUUCAUUCAGACGAAUGGAGGCAGGAACCAACCACACACCCCACGGACUGAGCUACACAGGAGAAAACAACACAGAUGGGAAAAAACUCAAGAGCACCGGUAUUAUUCUUCUGUCCGGUGCAGCGGAAAAAACAGCUCCCCCAAAAUAAUGAGGUGAAAAUGUCCAACCAUCCACUCGCAAUCACAUGCAAAGAGCCCAUUAAGAGGAAUUCGGUUCCAAAUGACUGGACGUUUAAAACUGACUCAGAGUCUCGUGUGUGACCGACGACAUCGGGCAACGUUAAAAUGACUGCCGACCCCCUCGAAGGAGAAAGAUGACCAGUUCCUCCCGCGUUGUCAAAUGCUCCUCAACUUGACCUAAAAGACACUUUGACCUGCUGCCCUCUGAAGAGAUGACUGUACAACAUCAAGCCUGCAAAUAAGCGUUAUAAUAAUCCUUCUGUUUACAACAGAGAGGUAUUUAUUUAUUUGCUUCAGAUCUGUUUGGCACCUAAAACAAAAAUAGCAUUUCUCAAAAUAGCCCGAACCCAGUUGCAGGAAAAUGAUUAACGGCACCCCGGAUGAAACGUUGAGGCCAACCUGUCUAGAUCGACCACGGGAAGAGCUGAUGUCUUUCAAUAUCGAGACAUCCGCACAUGAUAAUAGAUUCAAAUAACGUCAGCUAUAUUCAAGACACUUUUUGCUUUUGCUUUUCUAAAUGACGCUGUGUUAGCCAAAGAGGACGAUCUCUUUGAAAGGAUUACAUUAGAGAUAAAUCUAUUUUUAUACAUACAAAGGACGAAGACCUUCUGCUGAAUUUUUACAGAUUCUUAAGCUUGGAAAAAAUUGGGACAUCGCACGGCUUUAUUUUAAACCCUCUGCUCUUCGCAGAGCAAGGGGGAAUAAGCAUGCGGUGUAUGGGUGGGGAUUUAGGGAAGGGGCGGAGGAACGUUGUAUCUCGUACAAACUUAACCAUAUCACAUUGAUUGAAACAAACUAAACAGAAAAAAAACAAUUGAUGUAAAAAAAACGCAAAAACGACAGUAAAAGGAAACAGUCGGGGGACACGACCCGACGCUGGAGAGCUUAGGCGCACUCAUCUCUCGUCCCGAAGUUGUGUACAGUGUUGCUUCAACGAUGGUGCAGUGACAUAAAGUUCUUUGACUUGACGAAUCCCAGAUUAAGCUGCAGUGACACCGGAAAAUUGCUCAGCUGAAAAACCCAAUAGCUGCUUGCAAAUACAAAAAGGUAAAAAAGCAGAUUCAAUCCGUUAUGCAGAAUUGUAAUGAACACUAAGCAUGAUCGUUAUGAUUAGAUUAGAUUUGAUUUUUGCCAAAGAAUUGCUUUGCAAGUCAGUACCAAGAUGGAUAAAUUAAGUCUAACUGUAUUAUUCCCUGAGUAAUUGCUGUACAAAUCUAUGUUAUUUAUUGAAAUAGGACCCUCUACAAUUUCAGUUAUCAUUACGUUUGAAUACUUAAGUUGCACAUAUCAGUUUGUAAAUCCUAUAAACGCCAAAUGCUCAAAUGAAACAGUUGCAAGUCAUCCCAUUUGCACACAUUUCAUUCACAACCCGAAUAUUAAAAUAAAAAGGCAUAUCAUAAAAGAAUCGGAUUCGUCCAUAUAACGUAUUCCCCCACAGCAUUUACAUCAUCUGCUUUGUCUCGUGACCAAUUUGAUCCUUUAAAGCAUUGCACCACUUACUCUGGCAUCUUUCCAUCUGACUUUUACUGUUUCAUCCUCGAAAUACUCUGAAUGAUUGCUGCUGGCGUUUCCAGAGUUGACCACAUAAAAAGGACUAAUCCAGCUAUUUUGGGUCGAGCGACUUGCAGGAGACGGGCGUCGCAGGGCCGAGCACUCGGUCAGACCAGUGAUAGACGUUAGGAACGAGCGAGAUAACAACGUUGAGCUGCAGCUGGAGGCCGCGUCCGAUGUCGUACAGUCGACCAAAACGACCUGUCGUACACCAGAUGUACAGUAGAGAGCCGAGGACCACGGCAGGAAACAGUACUACACUGCUUGAGCAACACCAAUUAUCAUUUAAAGAGAGAAAAAAAAAACUUUCCUAUGGAACAGUAAGUGCAAUGUGCUUUGUUUUUAUAUUGACUGAGAACAAAUGAUAUAUAUUUUUAAAAAAAGAAAUUAAACGUCACACGGAAAAGGUUUGCGGGACGGUGAAAGGAGCAGAGGUUCAGACAAAAACAUUCGAAGAGCAGACUCAUUGAGAGGAUGGAGCGAGCAAUGAGAGGUCUGAUCUGUCAAUUUUCAUAAUCACUUCCACAGCCCCUAAUUUGUGCUCCGACCACGCGAAGCUCAAGCAAACUGCAUAUUUGGCCUAACAGAGCAAUUCUCCACGACCUUGAAAGGAAUACUGUCUAAUAUAUCAUCAGUUUUAGCCCAUGUCAAUUUCAAUUAUCAUUUUUUUUUAAUGUAAUUUAUUGAUUUCAUUUCCAUAUCAGACUCACUUGUUAAAUUAGCGUAUUUGUGUUGUUGAUGUUGCCAUAGAGAACACACAUGGGUCAAAGCUUCUGUUUGGUUGCAUUGAUUGGGUAAAGUUUGUUAUUUUUCUUCCAUUAUUUAAUUAGUUGCAGUUUUUACGGUGUAUGCAGAUUUUAGACUUAGUUAGAUUUUUUUAUUUCAAUCAAAUGUGUUCAAUUGUGUUUGUAAAAGUCUGUGGUAGCUUUUGUUGCAACAUAAAAUAAUUUAAACAGAAAAAAUUCAAAAUAGCGCCAACAAACUUGUAUUAUUUGGGCGACUUUAAGCUUGUAGUUUUAACUUAUUGUUAACUUAAAAACUAUUUAUUAUGAUUAUUAUUAUUGCCUCGUAUAAAGUAUGUUUUGUGUAUAUUUAUGGUUUAUUUCAUUAUAUUUGCAAGUUUAAAAGAUUUUAAGUUUGCCAAAAUUGUGGUUACACCAUUUUGUUUCUUAAAAAGGGGGACAAAUAGCAAAACAGCUUUAGAAGUACGAUUUGGAAACGUUCUCCAUAGUCAAAGAAUGCACUGCUAUAUUUAACUAAUUGAAGUGUAUAAACAUACAUGCUGUGUGCUAGAUGUUAUGCCUUUACUGCCUGUGUUCUGUUUGUCUUGUUCAAUGAAAAUCUUUUUAAUUAUUUAAUCUAAUCACAGUCUUGUUUUUUCAACCACUCUGUGGCCCCCCGGAGACGCGGGACAACCCCUGCAAGCGAUGCUUUGGGCCCAUUCGAGGGUCCAGCAACUAAGGGGAUGUCCUGGCUUUAAUUAGCUCGCAAGAAGCUUUCCUGUUUAUGCUGAUUGGUUGACUUAUGGGGGGGGAAAAAAAAGAUUUUAUGGGCUCUAUUUCUGCAAAAAGCAUCUGUCAAUUUGUGCAAUUGGAACAAAGAGCUCCGGUAAAAUGUUAAGAGCUCAGAACAAGCUGCAGGAAGGUUUUCUUGGGGGUCUCUAGGGUAGUGAAGGGGUGAGUGGUCCUUCUGUUUUUCAACCAACUGUAUUUUGUGUCUAUUUAUUUAGAAGAGGGGACGCAGUAACUUAGUGAUGUUUUUCUUACAUUUUCCUGGAAUGGUAGAACAAAUCAAAAGGUGAAAAUGAUCAAAACAGUUCUGCUGGCACCAAUAUCAGCGAAAGAAAUACAAAAUCUCAUACUUCCAAACAUGACCAAAUGAACAAUGUCGAAAUUUAACAAAGAAAAAAAAAAUAAACCUUUCAGUUUAGUCUAGGAUAUUUAUUACUGGGAUUUCAGCUGAAGACGCUUGAAGACUUUUUCAUGGAAUUGUUUAAUUAUUUGUACUUUACAUGCCAGAAAAAAAUAAAAUAAGUUACAAAUA